UUUUUUUCAAUCAUUCAGGAGCAACUCUACAUUAGAUCCUGCUGGACAGAGGAUUGAUUGCACACAUUAUAAGAACCAUGUUUCACAUCCAAGUACAACAUACGAGGAAACUCCUGCCUUGUGUUUUGUUAUCAUUGAUCGUAGGCGUUGUGAUGGGGCAGCGCAGCGUCAGCAGCAAAAGGGAUUGUUCUAAAGAGGAAUACUGGACUGACGGGCUCUGCUGUGACAAAUGUGCUCCAGGGUUUAAGUUGAUAAGGAAAUGCUCUAGUUCCAUGGCAUCGCAAUGUGAGAAAUGUUCGGAAGGGACGUACCUAGACAAUAUGAACUAUUUCCCAAACUGCUUCAGAUGCGAGAAAUGCACCAAGCGGAAUGCUGUGGUGAUUUCACCAUGUACACCCCAGAAAAACACAGUUUGUGGUUGUCAGCAUGGAUACUACAAAAAGGUCUUUGAUCAAAUUUCAUGGGAUUGUGUGCCCGUUAAAAGGACUGUUUCUGUAGCUAUUAGAGGUCUGCUACCCAAACCGAGCCCGCAGAGUCCCAAAUACUCUCGGGUUUCAGGUCGGGUUCAGGUCAGGUUCGGGUCUGGAACGAGUUUGUACCUAAAGUAAAAUAUGAAGUAGGCAACGCUGCUUUCAUGGACACACGCCAGGGGCGUAGGAGCCGCAUGGGACAGAGGCGACAUAAUGGGGUGGAUUAAUGAGGUCAGGGGCCCAUAGGCUGCUUGUGUGAGGCCCCCCCCUUAAUCAUUAUGAUUUACUGGAGAAAUUUAUUUAGUGCCAUACAUGGUCCACACGCAAAUAGUAAGGUGAACUGGCAUACACACACAUUGAGACCAAUCCUACUGUGUUUCCUCGAUUUCACUUUGCUAUUUUGGCGGUUUGGGGGUAAAUGCACCCCAAAAAGCAGAGGACGAUUACGUCCUUUUUCAAACACUAUGAGUAUGUGUUGUCACAAUGACACGAAUCAUGCGAUCGAAUUUCUACGUUAUUAUUUGACCUAACGGGGCGUCUACACCAUAGACCAGUGGUUCCCAAUCCUGGUCCUGGAGAACCCCCAACACUGCACGCUUUUGGUGUCUCUUUUAUCUGAUACACACAUUUGAGGUCUUGUAGUCUUCACUAAUGAGCUGAUGAGUUGAAUCAGGUGUGUUUGAAUAGGGAGACAUGUAAAAUGAACAGUGUUGGGGGUCUCCAGGACCAGGAUUGGGAACCACCGCCGUAGACGAACGAGGCAUGUGACGCAUCAUGUCGCACCAGAUCCAGUGUGUGUUAUGCUCUCCUACUUGUUAGUCACUUUGGAUAAAAGCGUCUGCUAAAUGAGUAGGCUAAAUGUAAAUAUGGACAGCAUAACUGAUUGGGAUCUUUUGUCGCAUAGCGCCACUCGCGUGCGGAGUAGAAUUAUCUUUUCCCAAUAAAGCAAAGUUGUUAUACGCCGUUUUCUUAGGCCUUAUCAUACUUUAUCAAAUUUUAGUACAUCAAUUCAUCACUAAUUUCAACAGUGCCGCUCGGGUCCUGUCGGGCCAGACGAUCUCGGGUAUGGGCCGGGUUCGGUCUUAAAGCCCAUGCAGACCUCUAUUCUGUAUACCUGAAAUCCAAAUGAGCAGGGAAACCUCAGGUUUCCUUAUGAGAAUGCUACCCUGAAGUAUUGCCAAAGAACACAGAUCUACCUCCAGCAUAAACAAAUACCUCUGACAAAAGUGGGAUUCUUUUGAGACAAGAUGAGAGAGAAUCCUUUGGCAACUAGCCUACUACUUUCCCUUUAUUUUCAGCUGAAUGGCUGAAGUUGCCUUAUAAAGUGCUAUGUAAUAUAGCCAGUUUAAUACAUGAGUUUCUAAAUUAUCAACAUGGUCAAAAGUUGUGAAGAAUGUUUGUACAUAUGUCACUCAUCAUUGUAAUGCAUUGUAUUAUACUUUUUUUAAAAUAAAGAGUGAAAACUGA